AAUUUUUUUAGUAAAAUGGGGCAACAACAGCUUAAAGACGAGAUGCUAUUUCAAAGAGUGAAUCACAACGAUGUCGAAAGUAUCAAAUCCCUUUGCCAUGAAGGGGCAGGACUCGAGUGGGCUGAUAAAGAAGGAAGAACGCCAUUAAUCUUAGCUUGUGCAGAAGCAAAGCUAUAUGAUGUAGCAGAAACUCUUAAGGUUGCUAGGGCUAAAGGUUACAGCGAUACUGUGCGCGCAAUCGAGAGUCGCAUCUGCUUGUUCUCUGGCUGGAUGCGUGAACUUUAUGGCCCCAGCUUUCUUGAAUUAUGUUCUCCUGAUCAGCUUCUUUCAAGAAAAGUAUGGGUUGUUAUCGUACCAACUGAUUCUCGAAACCCUUUGAAGUUGGAGUUAUUUGUGUAUGCUAGUCUUCAGGAUGCACAACCCAUGAUGGAGAUUCCUUUGUGGAAAGCAAACUUGGAGGAGCUUGGAUCAGAUCAGUCUGAUGCUUCAGUGAUGAUUGUUUGUAACUUAUCAAAGCUCAAGAAGCAGAGAAAAAGGGGAUACAUUUCUCACGCUAGGCGUUGGGCUCAAGUCGAUAGGCAAAUGCGACUUAAGCUGGCAGCAGCAACCAAGGGCGACAUAAAACAGCUGAACUCGUUUUGUGAGGCGUGUAAAGGAACUCCACAGGUAUGUUUUGCCAUAAUGAUACGACUUAGGAAGUCAAGAUAUUUCCUACUUGUGUGUCUCUCUGACUCAUUUGAUAAUAAUUGGAAAUUUAUACAGCCAAUGAAUCCUCCAAUGUUUAUGAAAACAACUGAAAAUAUCAUUUCCAAUGAGGUUACGCCAUCAGUUCCUCUACCGAGAGCCGUAACGGUGGAAGCAGGAGACGAUUCUGUUCACUAUCCAUCAUUCUCGUGUGCAGACUAUGAGAGUAAAGGAAGUAGUGGAGGAUCUGGAGUGUGUGUGAUUUGUGAGGAUGCGUCAUCGGAAGCAGCAUGUGUGCCAUGCGGACAUGUCGCUGGAUGCGUUUCUUGCUUGAAAGAGAUCAGAAACAAGAAAUGUCCUAUAUGUCGUGCCAGCAUUGAUCAGGUCAUUAAGUUAUAUCAUGUUUGAACAGAAAAAAAAA